AUGGUUCCAGAGUUCCAGAAACCUCGAGUCACAGAGAUACAAGUCCGAAUGAACUGUAAUGGAUGCGUGCAGAAGAUUAAGCAAGCAAUCAGUGGCAUAAAUGGUAUAUAUGAUUUCUACAUUGACUUCCCUCAACAAAAAAUAACAAUAAUUGGGUGGGCAGAUCCUGAGAAAAUUGUCAAAGCAAUUAAGAAGACAAGGAAGAUGGUCACCAUUUGCAAUAUUGAACCAAUUGAGUCUCCGUCUCAACCAGAAGAACCAUCAUCUCAACCAACAGAACCAGAACCUAAAGAAAAUGCUGCACAAGCCCUUAAAGCAACCCAACCAGAAGAAAUUCCACCAACUCGAGCAUCACCCCGAGAGGAACCUCUAAAGGACACACCACCUCUUGAACAACCACCUGAAGCAACACCAUCACAAACACAUGCAGAGAAUAAUCUAAACCAGCAAUCACCAAGAACCAAAGAUGUAGGAGAGGUUCAUGCGAUACACCACAAUCCAAGUACCUUCGGAAACAGAUUUGGUUCUGGCCACAGCUACGUUGGACAUUGCGGUGACAGAUACCAUAAUAGCCCAACAUUUCACCAAGAGCCACCCCAACCAGUUUACGUGGCACACAGUUAUAAUUCAUAUAGGCCAUCACCUUAUGUCCCUGAAUGA